GGUCAGUCGUCAGCAGAUCGUGGAUCGGACAACUAACUAGGCACAGAAGAACCGGUUUCUCUCUUGUCUCGCUGCAUUUUUGUGUUUGUUUCUUAUUCGUUCCUCCCGUUAUCAGGAAAAAAAAUAGUGAUAAAACAAUGGCCAGCGAAGCUGCCCUGCCUUCGGUUUUAAAAACCCUCUUCAGCCACAUCGAUGCCAACAAGGCCAAGUACAUCGCCGCCCUGGCCGAAACGGUGGCAAUCAAAUCGGUUUCGGCUUGGCCGGAUUCGCGACCGGAAAUCUUCCGCAUGGUCAACUGGGUCGCGGACCGCUUGAAAGCCCUGGGAGCCACGGUGGAGCUGGCCGACGUCGGGAAGCAAACCUUCCCGGACGGACGGGUUCUGGACCUGCCGAAUGUGAUCUUGGGAACGCUGGGCAAUGAUCCCGCCAAAAAGACCGUCGUGCUGUACGGUCACCUGGACGUUCAGCCAGCGAUUCGCGAAGACGGUUGGGACACGGAACCGUUCGUUCUGACCGAGAAGGAUGGAAAGCUGUACGGCCGGGGUGCCAGUGACGACAAGGGUCCAGUGUUGGGGUGGAUCCAUGCCAUCGAAGCGUACCAGGCGAUUGGAGAGCCUCUGCCGGUGAAUUUGAAGUUCGUUUUCGAAGGGAUGGAGGAAUCCGGCAGUGAGGGUUUGGAUGAUCUGUUGUUCAAGCGGCAGAAUGACUUCCUAUCCAAUGUGGACUUUGUGUGCAUUUCUGACAAUUAUUGGUUGGGUACGACCAAGCCGUGCAUCACCUAUGGUUUGAGAGGUAUCUGCUACUUUGACGUUGAGGUCGGAUGCGCUGGAAAGGAUCUGCACAGUGGAGUUUUCGGCGGUACGGUUUACGAGGCCAUGAACGAUUUGGUGUACUUGCUGGGAACGCUUGCCGAUAAGGAGGGAAAGAUUCUCAUUCCGAAUCUCUACAAGGAGGUUGCUCCACUGCUUCCCAACGAGCAGCAGAUUUACGAUGCGAUCGAUUUCGAUGUGACGGAAUACCGUGAGCAGUUGGGUGCAGAUCGCCUGAUGCAUAAUGAAGAUAAGACCAAGAUUCUGAUGCACCGUUGGCGUCAACCGAGCCUUUCGAUUCACGGUGUUGAGGGUGCCUUUUACGAACCUGGCCAGAAGACGGUCAUCCCGAAAAAGGUUAUUGGAAAAUUCUCGAUCCGUAUCGUUCCGGAUCAGACGCCGGAGCUGGUGGAGAAGUACGUUACCGAGUACCUGACGACCAAGUGGGCGGAACGUGGCUCUCCGAACAAGUUUGCCGUUCGAAUGGCUCACGGUGGAAAUCCAUGGACCGAAGAUCCGAAUCAUCCGCAUUAUAACGCGGCCAGCGUUGCCACGAAGCAUGUCUAUAAGGUAGAACCGGAUAUGACCCGCGAAGGAGGAUCCAUUCCGGUGACACUGACUCUGCAGCAAACCACCGGCAAGAAUGUACUUCUGCUGCCGAUGGGUGCUUCCGACGAUGGGGCUCACUCGCAGAAUGAAAAGAUCGAUGUUCGCAACUACAUCGAGGGGACUAAACUGCUGGGAGCGUACUUGUACGAGGUGGCCAAAAUCAAGUGAGGUGACCUGCUCGAUUGUUAAACGAUAAACAUCACAAAAUACAUCACAGUUUAACCAUAAA